AUGGAAGAUGUAAGAAGAACUCAUAUAAUUACAAAUGAUACUUAUGUAAAAACAUCUUUCUUAUAUAGAGGUCUGGCUAUUGUGCUACUUCUUUUUAUAAUUCCUCUAGAAAGUUUGCUUGGAAAUUACAUUGAAGAUUGAGGAGGGUCUCUUGUUUAUGAAAUCCAAAAGUGCAGGACAUAUGGAGGAGACCAAUUUUUUAAAGUAAUUUCAUGACUUGGUACAAGCUUUACCUUUUUUAUCAUAUUUCCUGCUAUAUACAAUUUAUAUGACACAAGAAGGGCUAUUAAAGCUAUUUUGAUUAUCAGCUUCUCUAUGUAUGCCUCUCCUCGAACCACAGACGAAGCAGGUACUUCUGGAGGAGCAUUAUGUUGCCUGUAAAAUGGCAGAGGUAGUUCCAGAAGGAGGCAACGGACGGCUCCCUCAUACCCUGAGCACUACCAGGGGUUAAGAGAGUCUUUUGCUGAAGUUUUUUGGUCCAAGCAGGUUCGGGUGAGUCUCCCCGAAAGAUGUCGGCGUCACCAUUUUUGAUGACGUCAUCAGAAAAGGGCGUUAGCUGGGAUUAGUGCUUAACGCCACUGAAGCGCGAAGCUAAUCCGUGUAAGGGUAGGGGCUGGAAUAAUCCCCUGGGACCCCUAUAAUUUUAUCUCUCUCUUUUUUUUAUCUCUCUCUAUGUAUGCGCUUAGCAUUUUGAGUUUAAUUUAUCAAGAGCCAAGACCUUAUUGAAAGUCAAGCGAUAUAAGAGGAGUGAAUUGCGAAAGAGGCUUUGGAAACCCAGCCCCAGAAACAAUGAUCAGCUCUGUACUCUAUACAACUCUUGUUGUUGAAUUUUUGCAUGAGAGAAAGCAUUUAUCAAAAUAUUUAUUUUACGGCGGAACCAUUGCCUUGCUUGUAUUAUUGGGAUUUAGCAGGCUUUAUCUAGGAGAAAACUAUCCUCAUCAAAUAAUUAUUGGCUUAUUUUAUGGGUUUAUCUAUGUGACUCUAUGCUUUGCAUUUGAUAAGCAAAUUCUUAAGCUUUCUAUUCAAAGCUGUUUUAACUGGACGAAAAAUAGAAAAAAUGUGUUCUAUUGGUUUGCAGUCAUUAUGUUCAUGCUUUUAGGGGCUGUUGCUGUGUUUGAUGUCAUUACUUUAUCAAAUAAUGUUAGCAUUGACUGGAAAAAAAAUGCUUUAAAGCAUUGUGAUGCAAAUUAUUCUGUAGGUGGAGGAGCUUCAUUUUAUAUGUCAAGCUGAAUUUUUUACAACUUGGGAAUUGUUUCAGGGAAUAUGCAUUCUAGCAAAACUGUUACGCUAUUUUGGUGGCACACAAACUGAAUUAAAAGGUGGACGAGAGUUAUAAUCUCAUCUGGAUUAUGUGUAGGGAUCUAUUUUCUAUUCAGUAAUUUAUAAUUAGACUUGAUCCCAACUUAUGAUACCACUACCUCUUAUGUAUGAAAAUAUGUAAUCCCAGAGUUUCUUAUGGCCUACCUUUAUACAGGAAUUUUACCUAUAAUUUUCGUAAAAUCCAAACUUGGGACCAAUAUCGCUGAAGAAGAUGAAGAUGAAGAAUUAAUGUCAAUAGUCCAGCAGGACGAUUAA